AUGUCUUUGGCUGGGUCAGUCACUCAUGGCGGCGACUCCUGCCAACUCUCCUUCUCAUAUGAUGAGGGGAGGACAUUCAAAGUCAUCAAGUCAAUGAUAGGAGGGUAUCUGGCAGACGUCUCAUACUACUUCACGAUCCCGACGUAUGCCCUAAGCGGAAACGCUAUAUUCGCGUGGACAUGGCUAAACUUCAUCGGCAAUCGAGAGUUUUACAUGGACUGCGCUGCCGUGGGCGUCAAUGGCGGAUCAAGCGGUUCCGAAUCGGCCUUCAACGGCCUUCCCAACCUAACCCCUGGAAACUGCGACGGCACGCCCGGUAGUUCGUCCGGAUAUCUGCCCUCUGGAGAUCGACUGAUUGGCCUGCCAAACCCAAUACCGGGACCAGAAAUCUCUGCGGCUAUUUCCGCUGCCCCCGAUCCUGCCACCCGAUACCAUGUUAUGGGCGGCACGACGAUGCUCGGUGACAUGAACACACCAACGCCAGCGGCCUUCGCCAACCGCCCAUACCUUUCAAGCCCGUACACCUCAAUGCCAGCCUUCGGAGGCGGAGGCGGAGGCUGCCACCACCACUAUUCGUCCUCUUCGGAGAGUUCGGACUACUCCACCGACGAGCUCGACGUCACCAUGACCAUGACCAUCACCUUCGGGCCAUCCCCCACCUGCGUGCGAAUCGAAGACUGCGACUGUCCUCCCGCCUACUGGUGA